UUUCAGGGGUGUCCUCCACUCACCAUGUUAAUUUUCAACAACACUACAUCCUCCUCCUCCAGCUUCCUCCUCACUGCUUUCCCUGGGCUGGAACUCGUGCAUGUUUGGAUCUCCAUUCCUGUCUGCUGCCUGUACACGGUUGCCCUCUUAGGGAACAGCAUGAUCUUGGUCAUCAUUGUUACAGAGCGGAGUCUCCACAAACCCAUGUACUAUUUCCUCUCCAUGCUCUCAGUUGUUGAUCUGUGUCUGACCAUCACAACCCUUCCCACUGUGCUUGGGGUUCUUUGGUUUCAUGCCCGGGACAUCAGUAUUAAAGCUUGUCUCAUCCAAAUGUUCCUUGUGCACACUUUUUCCUUCCUGGAGUCCUCGGUGUUGGUGGCCAUGGCCUUUGACCGCUUCAUGGCCAUCUGUAACCCUCUGCAGUAUGCUGUUGUCCUCACAGACAUGAUGAGCCUGGUGAUAGCACUCACUGUGUUCCUACGGCAAGUAGUUUUCUUUUUCCCCUGUGCUCUGGCCUUGAUCAGUGUGUCUUUCCAUGGAGGUCACGAACUUUCCCAUCCAUUUUGCUACCACCCAGAUGUGAUCAAAUUCGCGUAUUCCAACGCUUGGCUCACCAAUUUUUGGGGGAUGUUUCUUCAGCUCUACCUGAAUGGCACUGACUUAUUGUUCAUUCUUUUCUCCUAUAUCCUGAUCCUUCGAACUGUUCUGAGCAUCGUGACCCCAAAGAAGCAACAAAAAGCCCUCAGCACUUGCGUCUGCCAUAUCUGUGCAGUUACAGUUUUUUACGUGCCAAUGAUCAGCCUGUCUUUAGCCCACCGCCUUUUCAGUUCCACUCCAAGAGUGAUCUGUAGCAUUUUAGCCAAUAUUUAUCUGCUGUUACCACCUGUGCUAAACCCCAUCAUUUACAGCUUGAAGAUAAGAGUGAUCCGUCAGGCCAUCGUGCAGCUGCUCCAGUUCAAAAGUUUAAGGGACACCAAAGUGAGAAGACUCUGGGGAAGGUGGAACCGAAGGGGUAUAACUUCUAGCACAUAA